AUGGCGAGAAGCUAUGAAGGCGGAAUUACGUGCAAUAGAAAAGAAAAACACAUGGAGGUUGGUCGAUUUACCAAGAAAUCGAAAAGCGAUCGGCCUAAAGUGGGUCUUCAAGGGAGCUGCCCUAAAAGUGUUCAGAAGUUUAAGAAGGAGAUGAACACUAAAUUUGAGAUGAGUGAUUUGGGACUUCUAACUCACUACUUAGGGAUUGAAGUGAACCAGAAGGAAGGUGGGAUUACACUAAAGCAGGAGUCCUAUGCCAAGAACCUGCUUGUUAAAACAGGUAUGCAAAACUGCAACCCUACAAAGACUCCCAUGGAACACAAGCUCAAGCUCAAGAAAGAAGAUGGAUCUGAAUUGGUAAAUCCAACAGAGUAUCGUAGCAUAGUUGGUGGGCUGAGGUAUUUAACUCACACCAGGCCGGAUAUAACUUUUGUUGUGGGCAUUGUAAGUCGUUUCAUGGAAAAGCCAACUAUGAAUCAAUUACAGGCAGUAAAAGGUAUUUUAAGGUAUAUAAAAGGCACCUUGGAUUUUGGCUUGAUGUACUCAAAAGGAGAGGGACCAGUCACACUAAAAGGGUAUACAGACAGUGACUUAGGAAAUGAUGUUAAUGAUCGAAAGAGCACUAGCGGCAUGGCAUUCUUUGUGAAUGAAAAUCUGAUCACGUGGGCAUCACAAAAGCAAAAGUGUGUGGCUCUCUCCUCUUGUGAAGCAGAAUUUAUGGCUGCCACUAUGGCAGCCUGUCAAGGGAUUCGGCUAAGGAGACUACUCAGUGAAGUAACCGGGAAAAAUAUACCACUUGUUGAGCUGAAAGUUGAUAACAAAUCAGCACUUGACUUGAUGAAGAACCCAAUCUUCCAUGGCAGAAGCAAACAUAUAGAUAUUCGUUUCCAUUUCAUCCGGGAAUGCAUUGAAAAUGGGGAUAUUUCUGUCAUCCAUGUUUGUAGCAAGAAGCAAAAGGCUGAUGCCUUAACCAAAUCAUUGGGAAGAUUGAAGUUUGAGGAGAUGAGAAGUCUCCUUGGAAUGAUGAAGGUUUGUGAAAAACCAACACUCUCUCCUCUUCGUAUUCACCCUCUGCUAUACUUCUUACAUCUGCAACCACACGAUACACUCUCGAUUAUCACCACCGACCACCACCAGUGA